ACCCUUGAGCUGUUUCCUUUGAAGUGCGUUUCUGCCCGUUAUUCUGGGGCUCCUUUUGUUCUGAGCGUUGGAACCGGGGAGCCGGGGAAAGUGUGAGCACCUGGUCAUCGCCGCGUUUGGUCUCCGCGCGAGAGCUUCGCCACGGCUGUGUAGGACUGCCCCGCUGCUCUGGUUUCUCCUGCGCGAGGAGGACAGCCCCAUAGGAGCUUUAGUGCUGCCUGUAGCCGGGAAGCAGCUUCAGUCUGAGCGGAGUCACUUUUAGACUGUUUCUUGGGGGGAUCUCCCAUGGUGCAGGUGGAUUAAAACUUGUGUAUCAUGAACCAGACCAGGGAAACCAGUGCUUUCCGGCAUCAUAUCCAAGAUAUCCAGAAUGGGAGGAGUAAUUUAGGACUUACUGGAGCAAACGCACAAAGCGCCAGUUCCUCGGAUCACUCUGAGCGCAACUCCUUCCCCGCCGGAGGUAAGCUGGUCGGGGCCGGGCCAAACCCCGCCCUCCUGACCCCCGCCAGUCUGCAGAUCGCCCAGCUGCAGGCCCAGCUCACCCUGCAGAGGCUGAAGCUGGUGCAGACGGCCGCGGGCGGGGCCGGGGGGGGCACCGCGGCUGCGGCGGCGGCGGCUGCUAGCGUUCUGAACCAGGUGCUGGCUGGGAUGCCCGUGUCCUCGCCCCUGCUCGGCCAGCUGAGGUCCUCAAACGCAGGGGGGGUCCCCCAUGGCCAGCUGGGCUCCGCCUUCCCCAACGCCCCCCCGGGCUUCCCCCCGCUCGCCUCCGCGCUGGAGGCUCUGGUAGGAGGAGGUGUGGGAGGAGGUGUUGGGGGAGGUCUGGGAGGAGGUGUUGGAGGAGGAGUGGGAGGAGGUGUUGGGGGAGGUCUGGGAGGAGGUGUGGGAGGAGUCCCCGGUCAGAGCUCCCACAGUGCUGGGCUGAACCAGUACAGAGGCAGUUUUCCCCAGACCUCUCUGGGCCUGGCAGCUGGUUCGGCGUUCCCCUCGGGCUCGGACCGCCCCGCCCCGUACGGCUAUCCCGGCACGCCGUCUAGCACCGCGUCCCAAAGCGGCGAUGGCCAGAACGCGCCGUCCGGCGCCCCGGCCAGACCCGGAACCCGACCCGGAUUUCGGGCAGAUCUUUACGGAACGUGUAGGCCGGAUACUCAGCCUGGAUUCAGCGGGGAGGCCAACCGGGACGCUCCCAAAUCGGGCCACCCCACAGGGCGGCAGUGGGACGGCGCGGCUAAUUUCUCCAGCUCAGGGAGAGCAGAUGCGGCCUCCGGCUCCGGGGGUCCGUGGGCCAGUUCGGGCCCCCCCUUCCGCAGCUGCGAGCUGUACGACCCGGAGGAGCCCACGACCGACGGCAAGUACGGCAACACGGGCCGGGCCGACUUCAGCGCCGGCACCCAGGGGAUUGUGGGACACCCGCAGCCAAGCGCUGGAGAAACUUCUAGAACCCCGAUGGCCCUGCAGCCUCACCAACGCAAUGACUUCAAUGGCGUGACGCCAUCACACCUACCGCAUCACUGCACCAUCUGUGACAAGAAGAUCUUUAACUUCACGGACUGGGACCACCACGUCAAUGGAAAACUCCACCUCCAGAACUGCGCCCUCUACACUGACAGUCCUUUCAGUGGGUCCGUCCACUUCCCCCCGUUCUCAGCCGGAUGUUUCUCCUCUUCGACUAAUACCUCCAUGUCCUUCUCCUCCGCCGGUCAAGACACAUCCCUGGCACCCAACCCUAUGUAUUUGUCUACUGCACCAAUGAAAACACAGGAUUUGACAGGAAAUGGAUUUACAUCACCUCAAGCAGGGUCAAAGUUUCCGCAGAGAAAGCCCCACUUGAGCAGCCGAGUGGUGCACAUCUGCAACCUUCCCGAGGGCAGCUGCACCGAGAAUGAUGUCAUCAACCUGGGCCUUCCGUUCGGCAAAGUGACCAAUUACAUCCUAAUGCGGUCCACCCACCAGGCUUUCCUGGAAAUGGCCUUCGUGGAGGCGGCACAGGCGAUGGCCCAGUAUUACCAGCUGAAUCCGGCCACGAUUAACGACCAGAAGCUCCUCAUCCGGAUUUCCAAGAGAUACCAAGAGCUGCAGCUCAAGAAACCAGGGAAGGACGUGGAAUCCAUCAUCCAGGAUAUUAACUCCCAGAGAGAGAGAGAGGAGGUUGAAUGCUACCCGCAGGAGCGGGCCAGGUCUCGCAGCCCCAUCCCUCGCACCCUGAGCCCGCGGCCCCCCCACAGUCCCGGCUACGCCUCCUGCGGCUCCGCCCACAGCCCCCCGGGCGCGCGCCGGGGCGAGCGGCCCAACGGGGCGGGGGCCCCCUGGGACUGGUCCCCGCGCGGCCGCUGGGAGGAGGAGCGGGAGGAGGAACGAGCCUGCUGGAGGAACGAGGACCCGCUGGGCGAGGGCUGGCCCCAGGACCCGAGGAAGCCCCGCCCCAAAGGGCCCGACCGGUGGGGCCCCUGGGCGCCUGAGGGGAGGACGGGCGUCCGGAGGGGGAGCAGAGAGAGGUACCCCAGGAGCAGCCCUCAGGACCGGGCCUCGCCUUACCGGAACAAAGAGGAGGACUUUUACAAAAUGGCCGACUGGUCUCCCAGACCGCAUCACCAGCACAGCGAGGGGAGAGCUAAGAGAAGAGAUGGGGAGGGGCCCCACAGGGCUUGGCUGACUGCGUCAGGGAGCCCUGAGGUUUCCGCUAGGACCCCGGAUGACAGGAAGCUGGGGUCACCCGUCAGGGGGUGGAGCAGGAAGCAGAGGCCAAAUCAGGAAAUCAGGAAUCAGGAGGAAGAAUCUGAAAGUCAGGUAGAGGCCAGUGUGGAGCAGCCAGCGGAGGAGCAGUCGGCAUCUCCCCGCAGGAGAACGCCGGAUGUGGAUGGGGCGGAAUCUGGGAGAGACACAGACAGCGAGAGAGAAGAACGAGGGAAUGACAGCGAGAUAGAGGAGGAGAGCUGGUACCCCCAGAACAUGGAGGAGCUGGUGACCGUGGACGAAGUGGGGGAGGAGGACGACGACAUCAUCGAACCCGAUCUCCCGGAACUCCAGGAAAAGCCUGCGGUCCUGAAUGUGGCCGUGGGGGACGCCUUGGCAGUGGAUGACGGGGGCGCUGGGAGAGAGGCUGUCCAGGAUGGGGACGUGCUGAAGGAGAGUGUAAAGCCCCCUCCGCAGGAGCGCGUUGAGGAAAUGUCCGAGGAACACCCGAAAGACCAGACACCCGUUUCACCCUUAAUGCUGGAGGAGCCCUGCUCCGAUCGGAGUAGCGUUCUCAGUCAGGAUCUCGUGGCUGUCUCGGAGGAGCCACGUCCCGGCUCAGGCACAGCUGACCUCCAGCCCCCUCAGGACUGCCUCCCUAAUCACGAGGACAGCAAACCUUUGGAUACCCCCGUCAGCUGUGUAACUAAAGAGUUCGCUCAAAUCACCAAGGCAACCGAAAAGGAAGUCCAAGACCAGGAGGAACAUUUUGGAGACAUUCCACCGAGAGAUGCCUGCAAUGCACCCCAUCAGUCUUCCAGGAGCGCAGAUGCAGACCAUAUAGGCCUGCAUGAUAAGGCUGUCAGCGAGCACAGCAUCCCGCUCGGAGUGGAGUUUGUGGUGCCCAGGAGUGGAUUUUUCUGCAAGCUGUGCGGCCUCUUCUAUGCCAGCGAGGACGUGGCUAAGACUGCCCACUGUAGGAGCACGGUGCAUUACAGGAACCUGCAGAAGUACCUGGCUCUGUUAGCUACCGAGAGCUUGGACGGCACGCCUACGAGCUCUGCCGACAUGGAGGAGCCUUGCCUCGUCCCACACUCCAAGAGCCAAACUGACGACUACUGACAGACACUCUUUGAUGUCCUACUGCAUUCGCCAUUUUGUGGAAUCAUGAUAAAAAAAAACAGCAUAAUGGGCAUGUCUGCCAUGAUUAAACAUUAUUCAGGUUAUUUUUUAAAUUGGCAACUCGUUUUAAUCAUGGUCAGAUUUUCCAAAAUCAGUAUUUUUCACUUGAUGAGGCAAACUAGACAUGUUUAAUUGCUGGAGCAAGGUCAUUUCCUGAAGAGCUUAGACAGUGGUGAUUACAUCUUAAUAAGCUACAAAACUAAAUGAUUUAAACGGGUCCCUGGAAUACUCCAGACAUGAGUACAUUUGGCAAAAAGGAUUUUAGUUUAAUAUCAAGAGAAGUGGAUCUUACUAGCCCAACCAUGGACUACACUGAGUAUGUAAACAUGGUUAAAAGUAAUACAUAAGUAUAAACAGAAGUUAAUGACAGAUACCAAUAAAAUUGUGUGCAUUUAUUAUAAGAAAUGAAAGGUUGGAAGUGGUUUUUAUAAGGUAGAUUAUUUGCCCAUAUAUUUGGAUUCUUUCUUUCUUUAUUUUAUAUCACUUUUCUAUGAAAACAGCUGAAAAUUGAGACACUGUACUGUACAAUGCAAAUAGUGCCAAACAUACGAUUAAAAGAUGAACUCUCAUAACAAUACAAAAAUACAGGAGGUCAGAUAUUCAGGGAUAACGAAAGAAUAGCUUUCAUUCAGUGCUUUUACUGGACAAAUACUUGAAAUGGACCAUGUGUUAUUUAUUGUAGAGCAGAAAGACAAUUUUAUAACUGUUUAUCUGAAGAGGAAGUGAAAAAUUUCCUGUGUUUAAAUUUUGUUUGUUCUGUUCUGUGAUCUACGAAUGUACGGUUGCUUGUUGUGACUGAAUUUAAGAUAUG